AUGAGUUAUUUAGCUUAAUCAAGUCGAUUAACUGCUCUACUAAUAAGUCUGAAAAAUAAAAAAUUAAUAACACCUGAUCAAUAUACUCGUCUUUGUGAUUAUGCCAUCAAUGAUAAUGCUGAAUUGAAAUAACUAUUUGUGGAUUAUGAGAAGGGUUUGUCUUAAAAUGAUUUUCUAUCGGGAGUUUCAAUCAUACUCAACAAUAGAAAUGGAUGCGAACAUAUAAUUAAAUCAUAUUUGUACUUUCAUUUUCAAUUAAUUUAGUGAAUCUGUUGUCAGUGUCAAUUCGUAAUUGAAAGGGAAAAUUAAGGAAUUUUAUAGAGACAUCAAGGUAUUUCCAAUUUGAUAUCAAUUAUUUUAGACCAACAUGAACGAAAUUUAUGAAGAAUGCUUUAAAGCACAACAUUAUUUGCAAGAAGUUAAAGAUUUGAUCAAAAUAGUCUUAAAACAAUUUUAUGUGGAAGAAUUUUAUUUGAUCCAAUUUGAAGAAGGACAUUAAUGUGUUAUUCUGACAAAUAAUUUCGAUUUCAGAUUCUUUAAGGAAGAAUACAAAAUUAGUUCUUGGGCACACAAAUAAAAUGCUCAUCAACUAAACAACACCCAAACUGAACAUCAUGCUUUACUGAAAACUCACAAUCUCCCAAAAUAGUACAUCAUCUCAUAACAUGCUGUCCUAUUUUUGACUUUUAGUGAAAAUGUCAAUAAAACCUAUUCAUAGUAUUUCAUGGCUACUUUUCUUUAUGAUAAAUUUAUCAGUUUGAUUUACUAAGGUUAUUAAAUUGUAGGACUAAAGAAGAUGUAAUCCAUUAGAACUGAAAUUCUAUAAUUAGUCUCCAAAACAAUUUUAUUGUAUAAUUAUAAAUUGAUGUUUCAAAUAUUAGUCUAGAUCAUGCAAUAGUUUAAUUUGUCAAAUUUAUUGUGUCAGUUUGAAAAGGAAUUGACCAAAUAACAGACUGUUUCUAAUUAUUUAUUAAUAUUGCUUUCAAGUGAUCUUGAUAUCAUUGGCAUUGAAUUAGAAGGCAAACUAUCACUUCAAUUAGUAGAUAAAGUCAAGAGCACUUUUAAAAAGUCAAUAAAAAAAUAUAAGAAAAAAUUGAAAUCUAAAAAAGAUCUAUUAGAAUCAUUCUAACAGGUUACUUAACACAAUGAAAUGAUCAUGUGUUUAUUCUUCAACAAUUACCUUAACCUCUAUUACAUGACAGUUCAAUGGAACCACGAUCAGUUUGUGUAUUUAAUAGUAAUAUUAUCAAUCUAGUUCAAAAUAUAGUUUACCCAAAGAGAUAAAUUAUGGAGAUCCCAUUUAUAAAAUAUUUGAUUAGAACCCUACUAUUAUUUAAAAAGUGAAAGAAAUUAUUGACUCUCCAAACGACCAUUUGGAAUUUAAUGAUGGCUUUUUUAAGUUCUCCUUAAAAAUAGAAAGAGGAUUUAAACAACAAAUCAAAUAAAUAUCCAUUUUUUUAUUUAACAUUUAAGUGAAAAGGUAAAUAAUUCAUUCUCAAUACCUAGACCCUUGGCUGAACUAUUUAGGAUAUUUAGGAGCAAAGUGAAGAUCUUACUUACAAUAAGAAAGGCGACCUUGGCCUUUAAAUCUAAGCAAUUGAUGAUGGAAAAUCAAUUUCUUAGACAAUCAGCCUUAGUCAUGUAUCUUCCAGAUUAGGACAGGAAUAGAAUUACAUAAACUCACAAUCAAGAUCAUGAUUAAGAUUUAGAGAAAUAUCGAAGUUAUACUAUGAAAUAGGCAACAAAAAAAUUAUAAACAUUCUUGAACAAGAAGGAUGAAGAAGAUAAAACAAAUCCUGAACUUAGGAGAAUUGCAAUAGAUCCAAAUCUAUAGUAAAAAUUACUCGAUUACGAAUUUAACCUACUCAACAAGAAAAUGUAUAAAAAUAAAUUCAUCAUUGCCUACAAUUUAUUUCACAUGUGCGAAUACACAAAGUAGUAUCCUUUGCUGACAAAAGAAUUUAUGAAUUUCAUAACAGUGUUGAAAUAUAAGUAUAAUAAAAAAUCGAAUCCAUUUCACAACUUUACUCAUGGAGUCAAUGUUAUGCAUGGAUGUUAUUUAUUUGGCCAUCAUUAAAAGUUUGGCUGCUAUUUUUCCGAUUUGUAAAGAUAUGCUAUGACCUUUGCUGGAUUGUGUCAUGAUGUAGAUCACUCUGGAACUACUAAUUUAUUUUAGGUGAAUGCUUAAACUAAACUUGCAUUGCUAUAUAAUGAUAAGUCAGUUCUUGAAAAUCAUCAUGUUGCAGUAACUUAUAAAUUAUUAGCACAUAAACAAUGCGACUUUUUUGGCUCCAUACCAAAAUAGGAUAGAAUAACCAUAAGGAAAUAUGUUGUUAACAAUAUUUUGGCUACUGACAAUCAAUAUCACUUUAAUCUGUUAAAUGAUAUUGAAAUUCGAUUUGGAUAAUCUAAAGGAGAUCCCAAGAUAUUUGGUACAUCUACAUAAUAAUACUUUAGAAACUGAAGAAAAUAAACUAUUACUGAGUGGAUUCUUAACACAUGCAGCUGAUUUCUUUGGUGCAGCGAAACAAUAUCAGGUGGCAAGAGCAUGGAGUGAAAGAUUAAGAAAGGAAUUCUAAGCCUAAGUAAUAUUCUGAAUUAUCAUCUAAUUUAGUCCUAAUUAGAGGAUAUCAUUGGUAUUGCUUAAACACCAUAUCUACGCAAUUUGGAUAACGAAGUUUAGUAUGCAAAAAAUGAGGCUGGAUUCUUAAAAGUUAUUGUUAAACCAAUUUAUGAGUCUUUAAACAAUUAUUCAGAUGGAGCUUUGUCACUUCAAUUAGGAAAUAUUAACUUAAGUAUUAAGAAAUAUGAAGAGAUUAUUGAAUCAGCAAAUUAAUGA